CCGCAGCCGCUUCCUGGCGUUGCGCACAGCUCCUUGCCAAGCCAGCGUUAGGAAAGAGCUUCUGCUUUCAGCGCCGGGGAGCCCCGCUGCCGCCGGAGGUGUUCACCUCCCUCGGGUCCUUCUGCUCGGACGGCCGCGAUGGUGUUCAGGAGGGAGGAGAGCUCACAGGGCAGCGGCCGUGGAUGGGAAAUGGAAAACCCGGAGGGGAAAGAGGCGGCGGGGAGACACCUGGGAGCGAAGCUGAAGGACGGCAGGAAGCCUCCCCCCUCAGCGGGCGGACGGGCACGGGGUCCCCCCUCAGCUUUCCCAGCGACGGAGCCGGGCCGGGCGCUCACGUCGGGUUCCAAGGGGGAGCCGCCCCCCGCGUCCCCCCUCGCCGGGAGGGUGGGCGUCGGCAGAGCCCCUCCGCCGCGCAGCAAAGCUCAGAGUGAGGGGCCCGGCUCCCGUUCGAUGCCCGUUCCCCAGAGCCCGGAGUGGAUGGCGCGGCUGAAGAAGGGCGUCGCUCCGAGGGCCGCCUCCCAACCCCCCGCGGCCAAGCCGGGAGGACGGGACGCGGCGGACGAUAAGGGGGUCGGAGCCACCUCCCAUCCCCCCCCGAGGAUUCCAGCCCCGCACAAAUGGCCGCUGCUCAACGACGCGGCCGCUCCGGUGCUCCCCGCUGCAGGCGCGGCCGCCGCCGGUGGGAUCCGGGGCUCGGGGCAAACUCCGCGCAGGAAGCCGCUGCCGCACAUCGCGGUGCUGGGAGCGAGGCCGGCAAAACCUCGGCGGCCUCCGGGGGUGGAUCUGGAGAAGUUCCAUAGGGCUGCAGCCCCCGGGGAGCCCGGCCACACUGCUGUGGGGUCGAGGAGUGCUGUGCUGGGUUACCCAGCGCCGUUCCCACCGCGGGAUGCUCUGAGCACAGCAGGAGGUGAGGAGGAGAUUUAUGACGACGUCGAGAGCGUUGAGCUGCUCAGGAGAGACCGAAGCUUUCCGCCACCCCCCACGUUCCAGCCGCCAGCACAUCUCCACCCCAGAGGAGGGGGAGGUGCUGCUCGCGCCCCCAGCACGGUUGCGCUGCUGGUUGCUGCACAAAGAGGAGCUCAGAGCUCCCGAAAGGUGAAGCCGAUGACACUCAAGGAAUGCAAGAAGGAAGAGAAAGCGGACAGGGAGUUUCAAAAGAAGUUCAAGUUCGAAGGGAACAUCGCCGUCCUGACGCAGAUGAUGGUCGACCCUGCGACGACGGAGAAGAGGGGCGGGGGGAAGAACCUUCCGCUCCGACGGGGCGAGAUCCUGGACGUCAUUCAGUUCACCAACAAGGAGCAGAUCCUUUGCAGGAACAGCCAGCGGAGGUGUAAGUCGGCCGCUGCCCCACGCUCAGCAUUGCUCCCGAGGGAUCUCAGCUCCCCUCCUGGAGCUGCUCCGCUCCCUUCCAGCCCCCCUGGGGGUGCGCAGCCCACACACGCUUCUCCCCACUCUGUUGCAGACGGUUACGUGCCCCGGGCUGUGAUGCUGCACCUGGACAGAGACAUCUACGACGACGUUGAUCUGUACGAAUGACCUGGAGCACCACCAGGCCCCAAAGGCUGAAGCUCCGAUGCUGGAGGGGCUGCGAGGGUCGGCCCUGCAGAGCAGAGGUUUGGGAAGGUCCUUCAGACGGAGCCCUGCGG